CUUCCAAAGGUGACCCUUAUUACGUCCAAAAAGGAAAGUGGGCUUUCGUUGGAAGGUCCCCGUAAGAAGCUUCACAAAUCACAAGCACCAAUCAAAAAUAAAAAAUUACUAGAAUACAUGAAAAAUACAAAGUUGGUCUUCUGGCUUUGUUGAAUUGAAUGCGACCAAAAAGCAAUUCACCUUCCCCCCUUCUCUCUCUCUCUAAAAUCUCUCUUUUAACCUAUAGAUAUGGGAGUGCUUCUCAAAUCUCCUUGCAACUUCUUCUUCCUAGACCCAUGUGACUUUUUCCAUCAUAAGUUUGUUCUGCUCUAGAAAUCACUCAAUCAGAGAUCUGACGCUGAAGAAGCAAACAACUCUGGUAUUUGAUUUGACCAUUUAUUUAUUUUUCGUCAGCUGCAGAGCUUCUUGUGACAGAUAUAUUGCUGUAUAUCUGGCAAUUUUCAUCUCUCUAGUACAAAUCAGUUGUUUGAUCCUUCGAUUUCAACAUAUUAAGUUAUAGCCUUUAAUGCAAUGCCAGAUCCAGAAAUUGGGGUUUCAUGAUCUCAUCUCUUCCAUCAUUUCUGUGUAUUGAUCAGCUUGAACCUUGAAUUCAAGAAUUAUUCAUUUCUAUGGGAGAAGCUCCAGCUCUCUUUGUGGAUAAUCUGCAGAGGGAUUUUUCUGAUGGGUUUAAUAUAAGAUCCAAAGGUUUACAGACGACAACAGUUUUCGGUGAUAAAAUAUAUGUGAUUGGUGGGACUGAUGAUGAAUCAACAUCAACAAUUGGCAUUCGAAUUUUCAACAAAUCUACCGGUGAAUGGGUCAUUCCCACUGUGUUGGGAAAAAGACCAAAGCCUUCUAAGGGCCACUCAGCUGUGCUUUUAAAUGAAGACCGAAUAUUGAUUCUUCGAGGGGAUUCCACCCCUGAUGAUUCCGUUUGGUUUCUUGAGGUGGACACUAAAUUUGUUAGAGAGAAGAGAACAGAUUUUGGAACAGAGGUGGUUGCUUGGAGUAGGGGAGUUAAUGGCGAUGCUGAGAAGCCCAUUGUUAUCAGUGGUCCUUCUGGAGUGGGUAAGGGUACAUUAAUUUCCAAACUUAUGGAGGAAUUUCCAUCAAUGUUUGGAUUCUCUGUGAGCCACACAACCCGUGCUCCAAGGGACAAGGAGAAGGAUGGGGUCCAUUACCAUUUCACUCAGCGUACUGUUAUGGAGAAAGAUAUAAAAGAUGGGAAGUUCCUAGAGUUUGCUUCUGUUCAUGGAAAUCUUUAUGGAACCAGUUUUGAGGCUGUUGAGUUGGUUGCAGAUGCAGGAAAGAGAUGCAUCCUUGACAUUGAUGUUCAAGGUGCGAGGUCCGUGAGGGCUAGUCCUCUAGAAGCCAUUUUCAUCUUCAUCUGCCCACCGUCAUUUGAGGAGCUUGAGAAGCGCCUUCGUGCAAGGGGAACUGAGACAGAGGAACAAAUCCAAAAACGACUUCGAAAUGCUAAGGCAGAGCUCGAACAAGGACAAUCACCAGGCCUCUUUGAUCAUAUUCUUGUGAAUGAUGACCUCGAGUACUGUUACAAGAGUCUUAAGGAACUUUUGGGUCUUGAUAAAAGCAUCGACAUUACCCCUAAAUCAUUGCCAGAAAUGUUCAUCCUGCCUUUGAACCAUUCAAUUUCAAAACUUGAUCACAAAGUCUUCAUAAACUGUGGAACAGCAGCAAUAGAGAGAGCAUCAAAAAGCAUUCAAUCAAACAGGUUUGUGCUGGAUGUGUCUUCACUCAAAGGAGGUGCACCAGGUCGGACACGGGGACUGUACAUGUAUGCCGUAAGCUCGAUUGCAGAUGUCUUAAACGGUAUCAAACAACUAAGUCGCGAGUGAUGGCUCCUCAGCCUCCUUACUACAGAGUACAGACUUGGUUAACAUUUUUGAAUCUCUUUUUUAAGUGGUCCUUCAAAAGCAUUUCAUUUUAGUUGUUAUGCAUUCUUUUUUUUUUUUUUUUUCAAGGAACAGAGAUGAUUUGGUGAUAUAGCAUUUAAACAAUUUCUUCCCAUUACACAAGAAAUGAGAGUGAAUUUAUCA